AUGGCCUGUAAGGCUGAAUCUCGGCCCGGAAAAGCUAUCUACACUAUCACCAACGAUCAGACCAAUUCUGUGAUUGCCAUUCCAAUAUCCAGCAAUGGCAUGCUUUCAAAGGGAGCAACAUUCUCAACUGGUGGAUCCGGUUCGAAUUUUCUUGAUGGCACAGCAAACGAGCCAGCUGCUCCUGAUGCUUUAGCAUCUCAGUCGGCACUUACUAUUGCAGGCAAUAGCUUGUUCGCCGUCAAUGCUGGCUCGAACACGGUCACAAUGUUCGCAAUCGACCCGUCGAACCCCACCAAGCUCACCAUGAUGGGCCGCCCAGUUGCGGUUCCUUGCCAAUUCCCCAACACGAUAGCAGCGUCAAUGAAACACAAUGUUGUCUGCGUCGGCUGUUCCGGGAACCAGUCUGGAGUCUCUUGCGCUAGAUUUUCCACAGAUGGACUGAGAUCCAUGGAUACUCUUCGGCCCGUUGAACUGAGCCAGACUACCCCUCCCGUCGGACCAACCAACACCAUAUCUCAAGUUCUCUUUUCCAACAACCAGGGCAUCCUAUUCACUACAGUCAAGGGUGAUCCGUCUCAAAAUAAGACAGGGUUUCUUGGUGCGUACAAGGUUAACAGCCAGGGCUCUGUUGAACAUGAUGGAGUGCAAUCGUCGCCGAACGGUACUGCAGUUUUGUUUGGUUCGUCGACGAUCCCCAGGAGCAACAAUCUCUUUGUCACUGAUGCUUCUUUUGGUGGGGCGAUUUUGUCCAUUGACUCGAAGACGAACGUUGCUUCUGUAAAGGGGAUGAGCGUUGUCGACGGACAGAAAGCAACAUGUUGGGUCGCAGUUUCUUUGGCAACUGGCAGCGCAUUCGUCACUGAUGUUGGGACUAACAGGUUGAUCGAAAUGUCGCUGAGCGAUGCAAGCAUCCAAAGUAUCAUCGAUCUCAGCGCCAAUGGUGAUCCAGGUUUGACUGACCUGAGGGCGGCUGGCCACUUUGUGUAUGCUCUGAGUCCAGGCAACGGAACAACACAGUCUGCAAUCACUGUGGUUGACACCGCCGCGAAGAAACAAGUCCAGCAUUUUGCGCUUGGACAACUCGGCGUUGGUAAAAGUGCCCAAGGAAUGGCGGUCAUGCUGUAA